AUGGCGGAGGCGGCAGACUACGUGGUGCCGGCCAUCGCCAUCACGGCCGCCACGGCGCUCACCUUCAUUGCCGUCAGCUUCAACGAGCUGCGCGAGCGGCCUCUGCUCCUACUUGUGCUCACCUCUGCACUGGCCCCUCUGCACUGGCCCCUCUGCACUGGCCCCUCUGCACUGGCCCCUCUGCACUGGCCCCUCUGCACUGGCCCCUGCGCCACAACCCCUGUGCCCCAACCCCUGUGCCCCAACCCCUGUGCCCCAACCCCUAAGUCGGCGGUGCAGCAGGAGUUGAAGCAGCAGGCGCGGCUGGUGGAGGAGCAGGAGGGCGUGGUGCUGCGCUCCAGCCUCUCCUCCAAGGAGAAGCGCCGCGCCAGGCAGGGCAAGAAGAAGGGCUCCUGA